CGGAUGGAGAUGCUGUGACACCACGUGAGUCCUCCAUGUGUGGAGUCAAAGUAACGUGGUUACGAUGUUAGAGUAAAUCAGACGAGUUUAAAUUAACGUUAACCGCGUUAAUCUCGUUAAAUGCGUUAACUACGUUCGUGACGUGUUGGUGGAGGAAAGUGUUUUUUAAAGAUGGCGACGGACGCGUCCGAAUAGUUUCCGCUGGUUUUAACUCCGUUUGUCGACAUUUCCACAGAGAAGUGUGCUUCUGUCAUGGAGUGUGUGGAGGAGAAGUUUAAAGGUCUGUCCAUCGCCCGGCGCUCUCGUCCAGUCGAAGCCACCUACCUGCUGCACGUGGCGCUGCAGCCAUCGGACCUGCUGGCAGUGUCCUGCUCCAACUUCACCAUCCAGCUGCGCAACAAGCACACUCUCACCCGGGUGGGGGAGCACCGGGGACACACCGCCCCGCUGUGUGGGGUCACCUUCGCCCACAGCUCCCCGGACCUCCUCUACUCUGGCUCUGCCGAUGGGACGGUGCGGGGGUGGGACGUCCGCCGUCCCGGGACAGAAGCGGUCCAGAUGUUUAAAAGUGACCCGUCGCACCUCUACUGCAGCUUCGACCUGAGCUGCAGCGACAUGCUCCUGUGUGCCGGCACGGAGAAGGUCAGCGAGGACAGUUUUCUGGUGUUCUGGGACGCCAGGAAACCGGGCGGUGGGCUUCUGGGGUCGUACUGUGAGUCGCACAGUGAUGACAUCACACACGUGCGCUUCCACCCCAAUGACAAAGACCGUCUGGCUUCUGGUUCCACAGACGGCCUGGUGAAUGUUUUCGACCUGAGCCAGGGCGCGGAGGAGGAGGCGCUGCUGGCCACGUGUAACGGCGUCUCGUCCACUGGAUCCAUCUGCUGGUCCGGAGCAGGUUACACUCAGCUGCUGUGCCUCAGCCUGGACGAGGGGCUGCACCUGUGGGACCUGAGCCAGCUGGACACCGAGGAGCCCCUCGCCGUCUUCAGCACCUGCGACGCUCGCAGCCUGACGCUGCUGGAGGACGGGGGAGGCGUGGAUUACCUGGUCGGGGGGACGUGGCUGGAGGAGACUCAGACGCUGCUGGUGCUCGGAGGGAAGAACAGCGGGGAGCUCCACCUGAUGGAGUGCGACGACAGGGGGCUCCGCCUGCUGAGGAGCCUGAAGGGCGGCCACGCCUCCACCGUGCGCUGCUUCCUGUGGGACGCAGCGGAGGAGGCGCUGGUCACAGGCGGAGAGGACGCUCAGCUGUUGCUGUGGAAACCAGGAGGGGUGGAGCUCAAGGCGGGUAAAAGGGAAUCAAUGAAGAGCGAAUCAGAUUUCAGACUCAAAUCCAGAGCUCAUAAAAAUCACAACUUCCAGAAGGAGAAGAAGACGAAGAGCUGAUUGGACGGUGGUUGAUUCUGGGAACAUUUAAAGUUUGUGUUUUCUACAAACACUUCAACAAAUUAAAAACCUUUGUCUGAACAUCUUUACCUUUUUAAAGUUGGAAAAAUAAAUCAAACAAUUCAAGAAAAUCACAGAAAACAGAAAAAACUUCAGUAUUGUAUAAGUACAAUAUAGUAAAGUGCAGUUUGUUGUACUGACUAUACAAACAUAAAUAUUACUGUACUGUUUAUCUGUGAUAUAAAACUGUGACACCGGAGAUUUCUGAGUUUUCCAUUUUAAAUUAAAGUUGUGUGUGUUGCCAAAA